ACCCGGCACAAGAGUAUAAGCUGCAGGCGCAGGUGCCGGAGGAGCUACAGGCAGUAGGCUCAUCAUUCAUCAACUUGAUUAGUCGUGAGGGUGCGUGGAGGAGGGCAAGCCAGUGAGCGCCGAGGCAAGUCCGAAAGUUGGGGAACCCGUGGGAAAUCGUGUGUGAAAGCAGCAAUCCGCCCCCCUCUCUCUCCCCCCUACGUCAGUUGCUCUCUGGCUUCUUACCAUCCGAGGUUCGAGUCGACGUUGGACUCCCUUUCUCCUGUACUUUGCGGACUUGUAAUAUUACUUCUUUUCCUCACGCCUAUCGUUCAACAUGGACCUUUUCUAGGGAUAUCGACUUCCGUAGAAGCCUUUGAGCUUCCAUUCCACCGAUUUGUCGAGCUGUAUACUUGGCCUGCAACCUACCUAGCCAUACCGAAAUAACCGAAGAAGAUAUCGCAUUAAAUGACGCCCUCAUGUUUGUCAAGAGCGGCGAGGAUAAUCCUGGUCGGCGCACCAGGCGUCGGCAAGGGCACGCAGACCGAGCGCUUGAUGAAGAAGUUCCCAGAGCUCUCGUCCAUCAGUUCAGGUGACUUGCUGAGGAUGAAUGUUAGAGAACGGACGCCUCUAGGUAUUCAAGCCGAGUCCAAGAUGAAGUCUGGCGCAUUGGUACCGGAUGGCAUGAUAUUGCGACUCAUCGUCAACGAGCUCACGACACGCGGGUGGAUACGCGACAGUGGACUGCGACCAUACGCUGUCUACUGCUCCAGCAGCUCAGUGGACAUGGCAGAGGACGCUGUCGACUCGGUCAUCAUCCCUUCCGCACUGCGAACACCCAGAUACACAUACUCGGACCAGCCCUCUGCGUCCUUUAUCCUAGACGGCUUCCCACGAACUGCGACGCAAGCAAUCCAACUCGACGACAUUGUUCCCAUCAACAUGGUGGUCAAUCUCAACACGCCCAGUGAUAUCAUCAUCGAUCGCAUAUGCAACCGCUGGGUGCAUGGGCCCUCAGGACGAGUCUACAACACGACGUUCAAUGCGCCCAAAGUCGACGGCAAGGAUGAUGUCACGGGCGAGCCGCUUACACGACGGCCUGAUGACGACCCAGAAGUGUGGAAGGCGCGACUGAAAAGCUUCAAGGAGAACAACGAGCCUUUACUUGAGCACUACGACAGGCUGGGCGUCCUAUGGACGGUGAAUGGAAACAGCAGCGACGAGAUUUCUCCCCAGCUUUUCAAGGAGUUCGGUAAGCGAUUCGGCAACGUCGAGAACUGAUGCUCCGAGCUUGGUUUCAUAUGACCAUCUGCAAGCGUCUUGUACUAGGUCUUGUCUUGUGCCCUUGUAUUUCUAGCUAGACAUGAUGUUUCUAGCAACCAUAAGGGCGGUCUGGGCUUUGGUACUUAUUGGGGGAAGACACACCGUGCGUUGCCCAGCGUGUUUGUUUUCCUAGCUGGCGGUAGUUGCCAUCCUCAUUCACUGUAGAUAUUUGACCGACUUUGGUAUAUAGUGCUCAGGGUUAUCCUUAGCCACUACUAAUAUAUCUAUCCAAGCUGAAUCCACACUCGCCUUGACCAUGCCCACUCUAUUUGGCACUCAUCCCUUCCGACGAAGCGUUGAAGACUACGAAGCCAUGUUCGAGAGGAUCCGCUGCAACGCGCCGGCUGAGCGCCCCGCGGAAAGCCCGAGCUCCAGCCCUGGCGACCUC